AUGGCCGACCAACAACCGCCGAUGCCGAUUGCCAUUGUGGGCAUGUCGUGCCGACUGCCCGGCGAUGUGUCGACACCGGGAGAGUUCUACCGCAUGCUGUGCCGUGCUCGGAGCGGCUGGUCCAAGGUGCCUGCCGACCGGUUCAAUGCUGCGGCCUACAACCACCCCAACCCUGAGAAGAAGGGCACCUUCAACUCCCAGGGCGGAUACUUCAUCAAGCAGGACAUCUCAAUGUUUGAUGCCGCGUUUUUCGACAUAACAAAGAAGGAAGCCGAAUCGAUGGAUCCUGCACAGCGUCUGCUCUUGGAGUGCGCCUACGAGGCCUUCGAGAACAGUGGCAUUCCCAAGGAGAAGAUCUCUGGGCAAAAGGUGGGCGUCUUCAUCGGCGGAAACUACAACGAGCACCGCACCGCCAACCUGCGCGACCUCGACCACAUCCCGAGCUUCGAUGCUACGGGUAGCCAGGGCGCCUUCCUGUCCGGCCGCGUAGCGUACUACUUCAACCUGCGCGGGCCUUCGUUCACAGUCGACACCGCGUGCUCAUCGAGCAUGCACGCCAUCCAUCUCGCCGUGCAGAGCAUUCGUGCCGGCGAGUCCGAGUCAGCGAUCGUCGGCGCCUCACACCUGAUCACCGACCCCGACAUCUGGGUGUCCAUGGCCAAGCUGCGCCUCUUCGCCGACAGCGGCAAGACGUACGCUUUCGACCACCGCGCCAAGUCGGGCUAUGCUAGAGGCGAGGGCGCAGGCUGCCUGGUGCUCAAGCCUCUCGCUCAGGCCGAGGCCGAUAACGAUCACGUCUUUUCCGUCAUUCACCACACAGGCAUUAGCCAUAACGGCCGCACAGUUGGCAUCAUGGCCCCGAGCCCCGAGGAGCAGGAACAGCUCAUCCGCGACGUGUUUACCCAGGCCCGCAUCGAUCCUCGCGAUGUUGGCUUCUUCGAGGCUCACGGAACCGGCACGAAGAAGGGAGACCCGAUUGAGGCGACGGCCAUAUACAAGGCCGUCGGCAGCCACUUCACGCCCGAGGCGCCGCUGUACAUCGGCUCGACCAAGCCCAACGUCGGCCAUCUCGAGUGCGCCAGCGGCAUAGUCUCGGUCAUCAAGUCGGUGCUGAUGCUGUACUACGGCUUCGUGCUGCCCAACACCGACUUCGAGAAGGUGAACGAGGCUAUUCCGCUUGCCAAGUGGAACAUGCGCGUGGCGACGUCGCAGAAGCCGUGGCCGGGCAACAAGAAGUACGUGUGCGUCAACAACUUUGGUUUCAGCGGCUCCAACUCGACGUGCGUGCUCAGGGGCCCUCCCGUGACGCGCGAGCUCGAGAUGGGCGAUGAGGGCGCGUACACAACCGAGCGUCUUUUCGUCCUCUCUGCCAACGACGAGCCUGCACUCCGGGCGUCCAUACAGAAGCUGGGCAUCUGGCUCGAGCAGCACGCCGAGCUUUACCAGACCACCAUGCCGCGCAACCUGGCCUACACUCUCUGCCAGCGCCGCUCGCAUCUCCCCUGGAGAGUGUCCGUCGUCGCGAGCAUGUGCGGCGGGCUUGCUACCGCCCUCAACAGCCACGAUGUCACGCCUGCGCGGGCGUCGAGCGAGCCCCCGAGGUUGGCGUUUGUCUUCACAGGCCAGGGCGCGCAGUGGCACGCCAUGGGCCGCGAGCUGAUCCGCACGCAUCCCGUGUUUGCCGAUGCCAUCAAGCGCGCCGAUGCGGCCCUACGCGCCGUCGGUGCCGACUUCUCUAUCCUCGAGGAGCUGUCGCGAGACAAGAAAACGUCCAAGGUGGGCCUCGCGCACAUCAGCCAGCCCAUCUGCAGUGCGGUGCAGCUCGCUUUGACGGAGCUGCUGGCGUCGUUUGGCAUCAAGCCGACGGCCGUCACUGGCCAUUCCAGCGGCGAGAUUGGUGCUGCCUAUGCCGCGGGUGCCAUGACUUUUGACUCUGCCAUGGCAGCGGCAUACUACCGCGGCCAGAGCAUCAUCGCCCUGAAGAAGGCACACCCCGACCUCAAGGGCUCCAUGAUGGCUGUCGGUGCUGGCGCCGAAGAGCUCGGCCCUAUGCUCAAGAGCCUGAACAUGAAGAGCGGCGCCGAGGCCGUGGUAGCAUGCGAGAAUUCGCCCUCGUCCACGACGCUUUCUGGUGACGAGGAGGCUAUUGACGAGGUGGCGAAGCUCUUCCAGGAGAAAGGCGUCUUCAACCGCAAGCUGUUCGUAGACGUCGCCUACCACUCGCCGCACAUGCGCCUGAUUGCUAAGGAGUAUCUUGACAACAUCCGCCACAUCGAGGCCCCGAAGGAGAUGAAGGCCUCCACCGUCGAGUUCUACUCGUCGCUGCGCGGUUGCAAGAUCGGCCUCAACGAGCUUGGGCCCGACUACUGGGUCGACAACCUGACGCAGGCUGUCCGUUUCUCAACGUCGUUGCAGCAGCUGUGCAAGGACCACAAGCCCAACAUCCUCAUAGAGGUCGGACCCCACGCCGCGCUCAAGGGACCCAUCAUGCAAACGCUGAAGAAGCUCGGAGCGGCCGCAUCGAAAAUCUCGUAUCUCCCAACGCUGAUGCGCGACCAGGAUGCCACCAAGACCUGCCUGGAAAUGGCAGGCCAGCUGUUCAUGCGCGGCUACAACCUCGACUUCUUCAACAUCAAUCACCGUCGUGAGGAGUUGGAGCGGCCAGACAUGGUGUCCGGGCUGUACUCGUACCCCUGGUCCCGCCAGAAGUACUUCGCCGAGUCACGCAUCACCCACCAGCACCGCCUCAAGCCGUUUCCGCGCCACGACCUGCUCGGCACUCUUGCCGACUGGUCGAGCGAUCUGGAGCCGACAUGGCGCAACAUCAUCCGCAUGGAAGACCUGCCGUGGCUGAAGGAGUACCAGGUGCAAUCGCGCAUCGUGUUCCCGGCGGCCGCGUUCAUGUCCAUGGCCAUUGAGGCAGCGAGCCAGCGCGCGUCCAUGAAAGGCACCGAGGCUGGCCGGUUCGAGAUCAAAAACCUCGAGAUCUCCGAGCACAUGUUCCUAGUCGAGGGACAGGAAGUCGAGGUCUUGCUCAACAUCCGGGCAUCCAAUUCUGACAGCAACGAAGACGAGUUCCGCAUCUCUUCGUACGAGGCCGGCCGGGGUUGGCUGCAGCACUGCUCAGGCAGCGUCAAGGGGGACGCGGCCCCGCAAGAUCGCCGCAAGUCGCCAUCGGCGUUCCACCUGGACCCAAAGACAGAGGCCAUGUUGCGGGCCGUCACCGACGCCCACAACGACGCCUCCUCCGACUCGGCAUCGUCCAACUCCAAGGUGACGUCGUCUGCGGCUUCGGACGCCGGCGCUGGCACAGCCACGCCGCAGACGCCCGACUGCGCGGGCCAGACGUGCGACAAGCCGGACCCUUCCAAGCUGCAGGCCGUGGCAGGCUCCGGACCGAGCAUCUACAAGUACCUCGGGGCUCUCGGCGUGGCAUAUCCCCACGCAUUCCAGUCUCUGGUCGAGGUCACGGCCAACGAAACCGAGGUUGCCGCCCACUGCUGCGCGCGCAACACCGUGUCCGACAUGCCGCUUGAGCACGAGACGCCGUAUAAAGUCCACCCGUCCGUCCUCGACACCAUGCUCCAGCUGCCGCUCCUCAGCCUCGGGACCCGGGCCAAGGCAGGGGCCGACGUCACGUACCUCCCGUCAGCGAUCAGGCACGUCACGGUAAGCUCGCGGUGGAAGAAGCGCAUGAACGAGAGCUUCUGCGCCCACUCAACCGUUGAGCCGCGAUCCGGCACCUUCAUGGUUGAGAUAUUCUCGUCGCCCGGCUCGGAAGCUGCCUCCAUUUCCAUGGCGGGCUUGGAGCUCAAGGCAAUGCGUAUGGCCGCCCCCGGGCCGGCGAAGCCGCGCGAGCUGAGCUUUCAGUUCAAGUGGGAGAAGGUCAAGCAGCCCGAGGCCAGCGGCGAGGCCAACGGCAACACGCAGAAGGCCGCAGCCAAUGUCGUGAUUGUCACCGAGGCAGAGAAGAGCGAGAAGGACCCGCUCGUGGCCGCCCUGGUUCGUACGAUGCAGGAGCACACCGGGUCCUCCCCUCGUGUGUCGUCGCUCCAGGCCAUCAGCGACUGGUCCAGCUCCUUCAUUGUCAUGUCCGAGAUCGAGCGCCCCAUGCUCUCGUCCAUCAAGGCAGUUGGCCUCGAGCAGGUCAAGCAGCUGCUCACCAGUGCGCCGGCUGUGAUGUGGGUGACGCGCGGAGCCACGCGGUUCCCCACGAUGCCCAACGCCAACAUGGCGCUGGGCCUGAUCCGCACGGCUCGCUCUGAACGCGAGGCAGUGGCAUCGACGCUGGACCUCGACCCCAGCACCAAGCUCGAUAUCAACGCCCAGGCAGCGCUGAUUCACGAGGCCUUUGCCACGUCGGUGCUCUCCGGCAGCGACGAGUCCGAGAUGGAGUUUGCCGAGGAGAACGGCAAUCUCACGGUGCCGCGCAUCGUGACCGACGAGCAGCUGAACCUCGACGUGCACCGCACCCUAGCCAAGUCGGCGCCGUACCUGCAGGACUUCCACCAACAGGGCCGGCAGCUCCAGCUUGCCUCAAACAGCCAGGCAUCUUGCGAGAACUUGUACUUUGAGGACCGCGUCGACUCACCUCUGGCCGGCGACGAAGUCGAGCUCGCUGUCGCUGCCAGCACCCUCACCAAGGACGACGUUGCCUUCUUCGACAAGGACAGCGCCACCGGGCGUGUUGCUCGCGGAUGCAGCGGCACGGUCACGCGAGUCGGCCGUGCCGUCCGGGGUGUCUCGGUUGGCAGCCGGGUGGCCGCGCUGGCCCAGGGCGCGUUUGGCACACACGCGCGCGCGCGCGUUAGCAGCGUAGUCAAGAUCCCGACGGCGCUCAGCAUGGAGGGUGCGGCCUGCGUGCCCACGGCAUACAGCGCGGCAUACUACGCGCUGACGGAUGUGGCGCGCGUGCGGCCCGGCGAGCGGAUCCUGAUCCAAUUCUCGGGCCCUGUCGGCGUUGCGGCGUGCGAGGUGGCGCGCUACCUCGGCGCCAGCGCGUUCGUGCUCGUGCAAAACGACAGCGAGAGCGAGGCGGCGCAGCGCAUCGGAGUCGACCGCGAACGCAUUCUGGACGCGCGCAGCAUCUACCUCCGCCGGCAGCUCGAGGAGGUCACCAACAACGAGGGCAUGGAGGUCAUCUUGAGCGUGUCGGGCAACGGGACGGCCAAGGCGUGGGAGUGCCUCGCCGACUUUGGGCGUUUCGUCGAGGUGCGCGUGUCGACCGCGCACCAAAGCACCCGCCCCGAGCUGGGCCUCAACACGACCUUCACGUCUGUCGACAUGGCGCGCCUUGCUGCGGCCCGCCCGAGGGCCAUGGAGGAGACUCUCAAUUCCGUGAUGGACAACAUUGCCUCUGGGGCCAUGGCGGCGCCGCUCAAGGCUGCCAUCGUGCCCGUGUCGGAGCUCGCCAAGGGCUUGGAGAUGGUGCGUGACGGUGCGGUACAUCCGAUCGUCGUGAUUGCAGGCACACAGGAGCAAGUCAACGCUACUCACCAGCACUCCAAGUCGGUCUUCCGCGGUGACGGCACCCACAUCAUCGUGGGUGGAACUGGUGGGCUUGGCCGGUCAAUGGCCAAGUACAUGGUCGAGCAGGGCGCACGCACCAUUGUGCUGCUGUCCCGCAGCGGCGGCGGCGCCGAGAUGGUCGAGAAGCUGCAGGAGGAGGUCCAGUGCCCCGACGCUCGCAUUCUCGUCAAGAAGUGCGAUGCCAGUGACGAGGGCCAGUUCCAGCGCCUGGUUGAGGAGUGUGUCGAGUCGCUUCCUCCGAUCUGCGGCGUGAUCCACGCUGCCAUGGUGUUGCGGGACGUUCUCCUCGAAAGCAUGAAGCAUGAAGACUACGAGCAGGUCAUCCGCCCCAAGGUCAGCGGCACGUGGAACGUCCACAACGCGCUGGAGAACAGCGGCGUCAAGCUCGACUACUUUGUCGUCUUGUCGUCGGCCGCGGGAAUUCUCGGCAGCCGCGGGCAAGGUGCGUACGCCGCUGCCAACACGUUCCUCGACGCGUUCGUGCAGUACCGCGUGCGCAACGGGCUCCCAGGCACUUCGCUCGACUUGACGGCGGUGUUGGGCGCGGGCUACUUGGCCGAGAACGAGGCGCGCGAGGAAGAUGUCCUGCGCAACUUUGGCAACGAGACAGUCGACGAACAGGAGGUGCUCGCGCUUCUGUCGGCGGCCGUGCGCGGCAUGUGUGCGCCGCAGUGCCUUACGGGGCUGAAGCUGCACCUCGGCGGCGACGGGCAGUGGCCGUACUACGCCAACGACCCGCGCUUCGCCGGGCUCAAGGCCGAGAGUCUGGCGGAGGCGGAACGCGCGGGCCUCGUGCCCAAGCAGGCCGUGUCGCACGGCAACGCGUUCCGCGCGGCCAAGUCGGACGACGAGGCGGCGGCCAUUGCCGGCCAGGGCAUUCUGCAGAAGCUGUCCGAGGUGCUCACCAUCUCGAUGCAGGAUCUCGACGUCGAGCGCAACAUCACGUCGUACGGACUCGACUCGCUGACAGCCAUCGAGCUGCGCAACUGGAUCGCCAAGGAGCUCCGCGCGAACUUGCAGAUCUUGGAGCUGUUGUCGAGCGGGACCGUCAACGACCUCGCAGCACUCAUCAUGCAGAAGACGCGGGCUGCAUGA